AUGCCAGGGGUCCCUCUGUUCCUGACCACCCACAAGAUAGCUGGAUCACAUGGAACUUGGAGGGAAAAGAGGAGAGGGAUUUAUUCUAUAGAUGAAGAUGAAAAAUUAACACCUAGCUUGGAAAUUCUCUUACCCCGAGAUCUGGCAGAUGGAUUUGUGAACAAUAAGCGAGAAAACUACAGGUUUAAAUUUCAAAGGAUAUUUGACCAAGAUGCAAAGCAAGAGAUCAUUUUUGAAAUCAUUGCCAAACCAGUUGCUGAGAGUGUCUUGUCAGGUUACAAUGGUACCAUCUUCGCAUAUGGGCAGACAGGCAGUGGGAAGACAUUCACCAUCACAGGUGGGGCCGAGCGCUACAGUGACAGAGGCAUCAUCCCGAGGACUCUGUCAUAUAUUUUUGAGCAGUUGCAAAAGGAUAGCAGCAAGAUCUACACAACACAUAUUUCUUACUUGGAAAUCUACAAUGAAUGUGGCUAUGACCUGCUGGAUCCAAGACAUGAAGCCUCCAAACUGGAAGAUCUGCCGAAAGUGACAAUUUUGGAGGACCCUGACCAGAACAUUCACCUGAAAAAUCUGUCUCUUCAUCAGGCAACAACUGAGGAGGAAGCUUUGAACUUGCUCUUCUUGGGGGAUACCAACAGGAUGAUUGCAGAGACUCCUAUGAACCAAGCUUCAACCCGUUCACACUGUAUUUUCACCAUUCACUUGACCAGCAAAGAGCCAGGAUCUGCCACCGUCCGGCAUGCUAAGCUCCACUUGGUUGACCUGGCAGGGUCAGAGCGUGUUGCAAAGACUGGAGUCGGGGGCCUGCUUCUGACAGAGGCCAAGUAUAUCAACUUGUCACUACACUACCUGGAGCAGGUCAUUAUUGCCCUUUCAGAAAAACACCGCACACACAUCCCUUACAGGAACUCCAUGAUGACCAGCGUGCUCAGAGACAGUCUGGGAGGGAACUGCAUGACCACCAUGAUCGCCACCCUCUCUUUAGAGAAGAGGAACAUUGAUGAGUCCAUCUCCACCUGCAGAUUUGCCCAACGAGUGGCCCUCAUCAAAAACGAAGCUGUCCUCAAUGAAGAAAUUGACCCCAGACUGAUGAUUAUCCGCUUGCAAAAGGAGAUUUCAGACCUGAAGACAGAACUGGCCAUGGCCACUGGGGAGUGGAAGACAGAGGAGCUCUCCAAAGCAGAACUCCUCCAGUUGGAAAAACUAAUAGCAUCCUUUUUGGAAGACCAAGAUCCAGAGAGUAGACUGGAAGUUGGUGCUGAUAUGCGUAAAAUCCACCACUGUUUUCAUCAUUUUAAGAAGCUGUUGAAUGACAAGAACACCAUGAAGAACACCAUCUCCUCUGAAACCACCCACCAAGCAUGCCAAGAACCUUUGAAAGAUGAAGAGUACACAAAGCUCCGAGACCUUCUCAAGCAGAGGGACAAUGAAAUCAAUAUCCUGGUCAACAUGUUAAAAAAGGAAAAGAAGAAAACCCAGGAUGCCCUGCACCUUUCGAGCAAGGAGAUGAGUGAAACCAGGACUGCCCAGAACUCACCCUUCAUUCCCAAGAGCCCAGCAGGUCAGAGCACCGCAGUCUCCUCAGCCCUGUACCAGGCCCAGGACCUCAGCACCUGCAGGCGCAGGUCCAGUUUGCUCCACAAAAAAACAGGAAUGAGAGAGGAGAUGUCACUGGGAUGCCAGGAGGCUUUUGAAAUUUUCAAGAGGGACCAUGCUGACAGUGUCACCAUCGAUGACAAUAAGCAGAUUCUGAAGCAGAGAUUUUCUGAAGCAAAGGCUCUGGGAGAAAGUAUAAAUGAAACAAGAAAUAAAAUUGGUCAGCUAAAGGAUGCCAUCACCCAGCGGCACCUACAGCAAGUAGCUCUUGGAAUCUCAGAGAACUCGGUCACACCCUCCAUGCCUGACCUCCAGGAAGAGAAACUUCGAGCACAGCUGGAGGAAGAAAAGACUAGGUACAAAAUGACGUUCAUGCGCCUGAAAGCCCUGAAGGUAGAGAUUGAACACCUGCAGCUGCUCAUGGACAAAGCCAAGGUGAAGCUGCAGAAGGAGUUCCAGGUCUGGUGGACUGAGGAGGCCAACAACCUGCAGGCAAACUCCCCAACCACGAAUCCCCAGGAGCACCUGAAGCCACUUCCCCAGCAGGACCAACCACAGCUUGUCUCCAAGAAAAGGAGGAAUGUGGGGCUCUUGCUGGGCAAGAGCACACACCAGGCAGUAAUGCUAAAUGGACCCAACACAUCUGGUGAGCUGCCAGAUGUGGAUCCUCCCUCAGUGAGCAUGCAGCGGUCAUCAGAGACCACUCAGGGACAGCAGUGUGGCCAAGGAAAGAUAGCGAGUGCCUCCCUGGAAUGCCAGCAGGGGCCGGCCACUACAGAUGGCUGUACUGACACAGGGAAGCUGAAAGUUAUCGUUUCUCCCAAGGACUCUCUGGAGCCACCCUAUAAUCUCAUGUCUCAGGAGAGAAUGGAAGGGGAUGUUUAUCAAGGCUGGGAACCUGAAGAUGUAGUUGACAAUCUGGAUGUCUGUGACAGGAAUGCCAGAAGAAUCAUCCCCUCCCCAUGCCCCAGUCAGUACAGCCAAGGACCCAGUGGCUCCAGGACCCAGCUUCAAGACAGGCCGAUGUCAUCUAUCCCUCUCACUGGGGACAGCCAGACCGAUUCUGACAUCCUGGCAUUCAUCAAGGCCAGACAGAGCAUUCUGCAGAAGAAAUUUCUUGCCAAGGAGCUAUGGAUGUAA